GGCUGGGAUGUGUUCGUUGUUACUCCUCCUGAAGAAGAGGAUGAAACAGUGAUAUCAAAAACUAUUGAUAUUACGCUUAAAGCUUUUAAAUUAUUUAUAUACCUCUUAACCUUUUGUGUUGUCCUUGGUGCUGCUGUCAUAUCAAAAGGAACCUUUCUUUUCAUGACCUCCCACAUUAGAGGGAAUAAAAGCCUUCAAGUCUGUAAGCGAGGAUUAGGAUUGGAUAGAGACAAGGAGUAUGAAGUAUAUCUAUCCGAAAUUGAAAGGAUACCAUGGAUAUGGGCAGUGUUUGUAGCACUUAUUGUUCCGGAGCUUUUUGCACUAUUUCGCAGCUCACGGAUAUGUGUGUUCAAGUCAUACAAAAAGCCAAAGUUAACGACUUUUAUCACUGUGUUUAUCGGAGAGACAUUUUACGCCAUAGGACUCUCGUUGUUGGCCUUUGUUGUCAUACCAGAUUUGGAUGUUAUCAAAGCAGCCAUGCUGACGAACUGUGUGUGUUUUGUCCCUGCUAUCCUUGGACUUUUAUCUAGAUAUUCUGGAGAAUCUAAGAGACCAGUGAAAAUAAUACUUGACAUUUUUGCAAUUCUUUUUCAAGGCACUGGAUUUGCAAUCUGGCCAAUCAUGGAAACUGGACCUAGAUCCUGGCUAAUACCAGUUUCAGUAUUUUUAGUUUCCAUUAGAUGGUGGGAAAACUAUUUAGACAAGAAGUCGCCUCUCUCAUUCAUUAGGAAGCUUAGUGCAGUCAAAGAAGAUUUACGGAAAAGUCGUUACUUCACUUAUAUUUUCUUAUCAAUGUGGAAAAUACUAGUAAUAUUUUGUGCCAUGUUUGGGUUUUUGCACAUAACAAUGAAUGAUGCCACGUUUAUAUACAAAGGCUUCGUAUCUAGUUUCAGAAGUCACCCUAUUAUGGUGCAGCAGAUUAAAAAAUUUAUAUUAGCUAAUAAUUUACCCGAUGUUCCAACUGCAAGUCCUCUUGAUGACCAAGUUUCGAUACCAUCAUCAGUAAUGACACCGAUUUAUGUUCUUCUUAUACAAAUUAUGGCGUCUCUGCUUUGUUACGUCUUCGGAAAAUUUGCUUGUAAAAUCUGUAUUCAAGGCUUCAGUUUUGCCUUUCCUAUUAGUUUAACUAUACCUGUAUGCAUAUCGAUGCAAAUUGCUGCUUGCGGAGUGAGAUAUGAAGACGUGUGCUUCUUUGAAGAUUUUAUACCCAAAUACUUGUUUCUGACUUGUCCGCAAGGAGAUUUCUUCCAAGACUUUGUAUCGAGUCAGUAUGCUUGGAUAUGGCUUCUAUGGUUACUCUCGCAGACUUGGAUCACUGUUCAUAUAUGGACUCCGAAAUGUGAGCGACUUGCAAGUACUGAAAAGUUGUUUGUAAAUCCUAUGUAUUGUGGAGUUCUGAUUGAUCAGUCUGUUGCUUUGAAUCGCAGAAGAGAUGACGAAGGGGAAAUCAAAAGCGAGGAUUUGGAUCUGGAAGGAAACGAUGAAAACGACAUAUCUCAAUACUAUGAAACAAUAUCCAUUCAAACGGAAACAUCAAGUGGUCAUACAAGCAAAAGUGCUAACGUCAGGAGCUCGGAUCACAUUACAAGAAUCUACGCAUGUGCGACCAUGUGGCACGAAACGACAGAAGAAAUGCUUCAGAUGUUAAAAUCAGUAGUCAGAAUGGAUGAGGACCAAUGCGCACGAAGAAACGCGCAGAAGUACUUGAGAAUUGUCGAUCCUGACUAUUACGAAUUCGAAGUUCAUAUCUUUUUUGAUGAUGCGUAUGAACUGUGUGACGAUGACGACGAAGAGAUGGUUGUCAACAGGUUCGUGAAACAAUUAAUUCAAGUCAUGGACACAGCUGCCAGUAAUGUUCAUCAGUGCAAUAUUCGUCUGAAACCUCCAAAGAAAAUUCCUACUCCUUAUGGAGGCCGCUUGGUUUGGAUAAUGCCCGGCAAAAAUAAACUGAUUGCUCAUUUAAAAGACAAAGCUAAAAUUCGUCAUCGAAAGCGAUGGAGUCAGGUAAUGUACAUGUACUAUUUACUUGGCCACCGGCUCAUGGAAUUGCCCAUUGAUGUCAACAGAAAAGCAACAAUGGCGGAAAACACAUUUGUUCUGGCAUUAGAUGGUGACAUUAAUUUUAGACCUCACGCUGUGCAACUUCUUGUGGAUCUCAUGAAAAAGAACAGAAAUCUUGGAGCUGCUUGUGGGCGCAUUCAUCCAGUUGGGGCAGGUCCCAUGGUAUGGUAUCAGAAAUUUGAAUACGCCAUAGGACAUUGGCUUCAAAAGGCUACUGAACAUAUGAUUGGAUGUGUGCUUUGCAGUCCCGGUUGUUUUUCUUUAUUUAGAGCAAAAGCGCUCAUGGAUGAUAAUGUGAUGAGGAAAUACACAACUAGAUCAGAUGAAGCGAGACAUUAUGUCCAGUACGAUCAAGGUGAAGAUCGUUGGUUAUGUACUUUACUCCUUCAAAGAGGUUAUCGUGUCGAAUACAGUGCUGCGUCUGAUGCGUAUACUCACUGUCCCGAAGGAUUUGGAGAAUUUUACACACAACGUAGAAGAUGGGCUCCAUCAACCAUGGCUAAUAUAAUGGAUCUGUUGUCAGAUUAUAAAUCUACAGUAGCAAUUAAUGAUAAUAUUUCUGUCCCGUACAUAAUUUAUCAAGGGAUGUUGAUGGUUGGAACUGUACUUGGUCCAGGAACGAUUUUUCUGAUGUUGGUGGGUGCAAUGGUGGCUGCUUUUAAGAUAUCGAACUGGAACUCUUUUACCUAUAACAUAAUUCCCAUAUUACUUUUCAUGAUAGUUUGCUUCAUCUUUAAAAAUGAUAUUCAGAUCAUGGUGGCGCAAGUUAUGAGUGCAGCUUACGCUUUGUUGAUGAUGGCUGUAUUGGUUGGUACUUCUAUUCAGCUAACAGAAGACGGCGUGGGCUCACCUUCGUCCAUAUUUCUCAUAGCAUUGUCUGGGAGUUUCUUUAUAGCAGCCCUACUACAUCCACAAGAAUUUUGGUGUGUAGUUCCCGGAUUACUCUACUUCCUCAGUAUUCCAUCUAUGUACCUUUUGCUUAUAAUUUAUUCUCUUGUAAAUUUGAAUGUAGUCACUUGGGGAACACGAGAAGUUCAAACUAAGAAAACAAAGAAAGAGUUAGAAGAAGAAAGAAAAGAACAAGAAGAAUUGCUUAAGAAGAAACGAAAUCCUGAUUUGCUAUCUUUCUUGGGCUUAGGAGGCAGCGGCAAUGAAGAAGGCAGCAUUACAUUAAGUCUUGCCAAUUUGUUUACUUGCAUGCUUUGUACGUACCCAAAAUCUAAUGAAGACAAAAUGCAUUUAAUGAAGAUCGGGGAUCAAUUGGAACAGAUGAACAAGAAAAUUUCUAGUUUGGAAAGACAACUUGAAUUGUCUCAUGCUAUUCCAUUCAGAGGAAGGAAGACUUCAGUUGGUGGUAGAGGUUCAGUUCGAGCUGCUUCAGAAGCAGGAUUAUCUGUAGUUAAUGAGAAUGAUGAUGAUGAAGCAGAAUUUGAUUCUGGAUCUGAUAUAUCUCCCAGCGAAGGCCUUGAUUUGAAAGAUAAAGAGCCUAAGCAAGAAAGAGAUGAUUUAAUUAAUCCAUAUUGGAUAGAAGAUAAAGACCUUAAACGUGGCGAAGUGGAGUAUCUUCCGACUGCUGAAAUAACGUUUUGGAAUGAUCUAAUCGACAAGUACUUGUUUCCUAUCGAGCAGAACAAAGAACAUCAAGCAAGAGUAGCGUCAGAGUUGAAAGAAUUGAGAAACAAAGUUGUAUUUGCUUUCUUUAUGUUCAACGCACUCUUUAUUCUAAUUGUAUUUCUUCUGCAACUUAACAAAGAUCAACUUCAUCUUGAUUGGCCUCUGGGUGUGAAGACCAAUAUCACUUAUAUUCCGGAAACUAGCGAAGUGAGAAUAGAUAAAGAAUAUCUGGAACUGGAACCCAUUGGAUUGGUGUUUGCUGUCUUCUUUGCUUUAAUUCUUGUCAUCCAGUUUGUGGCGAUGUUGUUCCAUCGAUUUGGAACUUUGUCCCACAUCAUGGCAUCCAUAGAGCUUACAUGCUGCAAUCAAAAGGUUGAUGAUAUUAGCGAUGAUGCGUUCAUCGACAAAAAUGCUGUUCAAAUAGCAAAGCAGCUUCAAAGACUCAGAGGAAUAGAUGAUGAUGAAAAAAGUGAAGAAUCUUUGUAUGGAGAUAGGUUAGCACGAAGAAAGACAAUUCAAAAUUUAGAAAAGAGGAAGAAUCAAAGGAACAGGAUUGGAACAUUAGACGUUGCCUUUAGGAAACGUUUCAUGAACAUAAAUGUCCAUGAUGGAGAGCAUGGAAAUAUAUCAACGCCAGUACUAAGUGGAUUACAUCGCUUAGGUCGAAGCCGGGAAACCCUCAGAGCUUUGGAACUGCGCAGGAAUAAUGUCUUCGGCAACAACAGCAAAAUGGAAACUUUAGGUGCUAAAAACGAAUUCAAUGGUCGCAAUAAGAACAUUCGACCUAAGAAUGGUGACGUCAGACGAGUGGACAAAAUAUUCCAUAACCAAAACGGAGGUUUGGAUCCCGGUUUCGGCAAUAAAGCGUAUGAUGGAAGCUCGGACGAAGAAACGGGUGGUCGAAAUCUACGAAUGCAAAUCUAUGGCACGAAAAAUAGCGCUGUGAGCUAUAGGGAGGACACUGACACUGCCAGACGAAGGCAAAGCCACUUAUGAACAUUUAGGACUGGAUGCGAAGUCAAUGUUUUACAGUGAAACAAUUUUAACAAACUUCAAACCAGAAGUGCAUAAAGUGCGGGCACUGUAUUGCCAAUAACUUGUCACUGUAACUGAUGUAACAGUUUAAUAUCUGCGUACUUCUUCCGUGGUAUUAAGGUACAAAUUCUUUAGUCUUAUAUCUAUACCUCAAUUUCUUUAAAAUUGUUAGUCAUUUGACACUUGUGCAAUAAUUUCUGUGACUCAAACUUCUAUGGUCAUUUUCUUUUAACUGCAUGACACUAGAAAUUGAAGCAAUGAACAAAUUUAUUAGAACAAACCUUUUUUCGUGCAAUUUCCGUUUGCUCAAUUUUGCCUAGGCAUUAUCUUUUUUUCUUUACUGUGUAACACGUUUCAUUACUUUUUACUGUUAUUAACUGGGAAAGACCAACUUAAAACACCUUUUCCUUUCGCGAUGCUAUUCAAUUGAAUCUUUAAAGCUUUCUUUUGCAACUUCAAAAGAUUUCAAGGUAAAAUCGCGUUUUUUUUUCCACUAAAGUAUGAGAAAUGUAAGAAAAGAAAUGAAAGGAUCAUAUUUAUUGCUUUUAAUAAGAGUUUUAUUUUUGUAAAUUAGAGUAUUUUUAUA